AUUUCCCAAGACGGCACGGUGAGGGGGACGCCCGUCCAGACAGUCAACAGUGAGUCAUUACCGCAUCACUCCAGACAAAAUGGAGGCCUGCUUUAACACUGUGAAAGUUGCCUGAAAUGGACGCGUAAGGAUGUGUUAGCGCCGGUCCGAUGUUCGGGAUCUGCGUUCUUUAGGGUUCUCACCGCAGCAAUGCUGAUCUCAGGUGUACUGGAGCUGAGGUCCGUUAGACCAGGUGAAACUGUCAUAAAAGGAGUCUCAUCCUCUCUGUACCUGUGUGUGGACAACUCAGGACAUCUAAGAGGCCAGCAGCAGUACAAACAGGCAGACUGCACUUUCAGGGAACUGCUCCUGUCGGACGGAUACACCGUUUUCCAGUCCCCGCAUAACGGGCUUCCUAUAUCCCUUUCCUCGAAACCGUCUGGUGUGAAAUACGCCCGUCCCUUUUAUCAGUUCCUUCCCGUGAUGAACGAGCUGAUCUUGGGGAUGGAAAGGGUGAAGAAAGAGAAGGGAAAGCUGAGCGAGAGACAGGAGAACGUGGAUCUGGAAUCUGACGACCCGCUGGGAAUGAGGAUAUCAGCGGCUGAUGUUUGGUCCAGUCCGGGGUUCCACAGUAGAUAACGAUAAGAGAAACACGGCGCACGAGCGCAGGACCGUCCGCGCACGCACAGUACCACUGCGUGUCUCCAUCACAUACUGAUUCGGGCGGUGAAUUGCUACUGCAUUAACGUGUGCAGUAGCCGAUACACGUGCCAUUACAAUGCAACCAGGUUACACACGGCACUGUUGAUUUGUGCAAUAAGUGGCCGUUAAAUGCGAUAGCGAUGAAUUGCAGAGCUGCGGGACAGCAAACUGCAGGCUGAUGCAGAGCGUUUUAAAUGCGAUGUGGUUAAAAAAAGGGCUAUGUGUUAGUGCCGUGCAUGUUACCUCACCAUGCCGGAAAAAUAGUGUCUUUGAAAGUUACUGAAUACAUUUUUUUUUGUUUCAACUUUUUAUCACGUAUUUUAGUUUAGUAUUUAUUUAUCUUACCGUGUGAGAGCUGAACUGUUUAAAUGGUGUAAGCUGAAAUGUUCAAUUAUAAAAUAAAUGCAGUCUCUACUAA